GGACUCCCAAUUGUGUGAACGCUGGAAGCAAAAAAAUUCCAGAUAGAAAACUCCACCGCGCUCCUCCUUGGAGUGGGGUUAGAUUAAUUACCGGGAGAUAUCGAAAAAAAUGCGGUUACACCUGUCCGUAGUGCAGACGUCGCGCUAUGGUUUUAUAUUAUCGACUUGUUUUUAAUGGACGGCAGCCCGUAGCGACGCUUAUGAACUACACAGAUGAAGUAAGACAACAAGCAAAAAUGGAGUUGUAAAUCAGAGGGAGCUGAGUGUAACUUCUUUUCUUGCAUCCCGCUGAAGAGGCACCUUUUUCAUGUGGGAGUUUGUGGAUAACAGCAUUAUCACUGGAGCUGAAUGAUGGCAUCACAGUGGAUUCCUUCUUUUGAAGAAAAUGAGAGACAACCAGCAAGAACUUCUUUCUGCGAGAAUGAUUCUUCAGAGUGGAGAAACUUGUUUGAGUCUCCUGCAGCUCAGUACUCUACGGAGGAUGAAUCAUUCUCUUGGCCGAGGCCUAAAACUGUGCGUUUGCGCCGCACUUCCCAAGGAUUUGGCUUUACUCUGCGGCACUUCAUCGUGUACCCACCAGAGUCAACCAUGCACGACAGUUUACGGGAUGAUGAUCAUAGUCGCCGAGGGAGACAACGAAACAGGUUAGAGCCUAUGGACACCAUUUUUGUGAAGCAAGUAAAGGAAGGUGGCCCUGCUCAUGGAGCUGGACUUUGUACAGGUGAUCGAAUAGUGAAGGUGAAUGGAGCGAGCAUUAUUGGAAAAGCUUAUUGCGAGGUUAUAUCCUUGAUACAAGAUAGUGGUGACUUUCUUGAACUUUGUGUCAUGCCAAAAGAUGAAGAUAUUCUGCAACUGCGUUUUUCUCUGGAAACUACUAAUCCGGCCUACUCCCAAGAUGCCUACCUUCGUAGCCACAACACCUACAGUGGAAAUGCCUGUCACAUUCCUGAGCCACCUCCUGUAUGCUACCCUAGAGUAGACUGUAAACCUGUGGGCAUGGCCCAGGCGACAGACCAGACAGGGCUGGUCUGUCGUGGGUCAUUGGCACUUCCUGAGCAUGGGUACCGCAAGGAGGUUCCCAUGCCCCCAUCUUUCCCACACCGGCAAUACCCAAAAAGCCAAAUAGCAGUGUGCAUGCGCAACGACAAUGUGAGGACAGUGGUGGUUCCUCCUGAUACAUCCCAUAUUGGGCGUGUUGGUCCAGCACAUAGAAUGGAUUGCGUGGACCCUGUCUUUAUCAGAGGAAGGCCUGGCUCAGUAGCUCAAUACCCUCAGUCCCGGAAAGCUGAUUUUCAUCCCAGUAGUGCAGGAAUGGUGGUGUAUGGAAGUCAGGCAUCUCACUAUCCAACAGAUCAUCAAAACAUUGAUUGGAGAACUUACCAAACAUACAGGGAGUAUAUUGACAACAAAGGAAUUCACUCCCAUGGUAGUCGAACUAUCCAGGAGCGGCUGGACAGUCUGCGAGCUGCCAAUCAGAACACCUUCAGCACCUCUCCACAUAUUCUCAGAGCCGACUGGGGCGCUAAGGUGGUACGACGCAGAAGCACCUCCCAUGAUCGGUCGUACCAUGGGCCACCACCGCACUUUCAGAUAGCCCCACGUAGUGCCUCGCAGGACCGUUUGCUCGGAACAGAGAGGGUGAGCCAAGCCAGAAACUGGCCUCCUCGCAGUACAUCUCAAGGUGGCCUUAUGCAGAAAUCCCGGGCACACUCAGUAGACUAUGUUGAAACUGUAGAGGUUGCUCAACCUAUACAAAGAAGAGGAGGUUAUGGAAGGUCAGACCAAUGUACUAGACCCAGUAGACAGUCUAUGCCCAGGCAGGCUGUUCUUUGCAGGCCUACCAUUGCAUACAGAAGCGGCAUAAAGGGAGCUCCCAACCUUUCUCUAUACCCUAAAGAACCAGACUCUGUCCAGACGCGCUCUUCUCCCAUGCUCUCUGAGAGACCCUCACAUUUUGGAAAGAACACAAAUGUUGAACACCCUGUUGCUGACCAAAGAACUGUAGUUAAAUCUCAAAAUGCACGCCACACUAUACAGCAAGGGCCAAGCAGAGUGCGAGCUGAAGCUAUACAGCCUGCUGAAGUUGGCAGAAAUGCAGCAUUGGUUGGACUUAGGUCAUCUUCAUGCUCCACCCCAAAACAGAAGCCCCAGAGGCCUAGUAUUCUGAAACCACCUCAAUUAGAUUCUCUGAGCCACACGAAUGGACGGAGCCCUACAGAAACUGGGGUAGUUCUCAGGGAGAAAUCACACUCUGGAAAGAACACCAGCCCUCUGCGGCACCCCUCCUACAUCCUGGCUGUAAAUGAUGGAGGAGCAGAUGUGGUGGCAUGCUGGCUUCCUAAUGAUGCACGCCGAGAGAUUCAUAUGAGGCGCCUUGAAGAGCAACAUCACACCUCCUGCUCCAGUAACCUGGAUGAGUCUCUGGACUCUAUUCCAUUCAUAGAUGAACCGGCUAGCCCGAGCGUGGACCAUCAGGCCGCUCCUAUUCCAGCCUCUGCUGUGAUAUCUGCUCCUCCUUCUACAAUUACAGGACCCACAACCCCAAUCUCACCAGGUCCUCCUAUUCGUCGCCAGCUGUCACAUGACCAAGAGUCUCUCAGAAAUGCGUUGCUGGAGUCUGAAUCACCCAUCAAAACAGAGCGGUCCAAAUCUUAUGAUGAGGGUCUGGAUAACUACCAAGAGGAAGGGAGAGCGAGAUCUUCCAGUAGGCAUAUGUCUGGUUUCAGGGGAGGCCUAAGAAAGGCUUUGGACGGUCAUAAAUUUACUGGAGAUUCUGAUUCCAGAAGGGAUUCUGCUUCAGAUAUCUUUGACAAUUCUACCAAAGAAGGCUUCCUCAACUUUCGGCAGCUUAGUACAGAUAAAAAUAAGCGUGUCAGUGGAGGAAUGAAAUCAUGGAAGCAGAUGUAUGCAGUUUUACAAGGCAACACCCUAACCCUCUACAAAGACCGGAAGGACGGACUAACUCAUGCCUCCUUGCUUUCUGAUGAGGAACCCUUGCAGAUCAGCAUCAAAGCCUGUCUGAUUGACAUCUCCUAUAGCGAUACAAGACGUAAGAACGUGCUGAGACUAACCACCUCAGACUGCGAGUACUUGUUCCAGGCAGAAGGGAGGGACGACAUGCUGUCUUGGAUCAGAGUUAUUCAGGAAAACAGUAAUCCAGAUGAAGAGAAUUCUAAUAUAACAAGCCAGGACCUGAUCAGUCGAAAAAUAAAAGAAUACACCAUGAUGAGUGCACCUACCAGCAGAUCAGAACCUUCCCCUAAAACCUCCCGCCAGGCCCUCAGUAUCAAGCAAGCCAUCCUUGGUGGUAGAACAGAUGCCAGGAUCCACAACCCCCAUUCUCCUAAAACGGGGGAUUUGAGGAGGGCACUGAAGGAUGAUUCCAGUCCACCAAGAGAUAGAACUGCUUGGAAAAUUGGCAUCACGGGGAUCAUGAGGAAGCAAAAGCCUCCAGCUGGCGUCACAUUCGGGGUGCGGCUUGAUGACUGUCCACCUGCGCAGAGUAAUAGAUUUGUUCCUCUGAUCGUGGAGGUAUGCUGUAAAGUGGUGGAGGAAAGAGGCCUGGAGUACACCGGGAUCUACAGAGUCCCAGGGAACAAUGCUGCCAUCUCUAGCAUGCAGGAAGAGCUCAACAGCAAAGGGAUGACAGAUAUUGACAUCCAAGAAGAUAAAUGGCGGGACCUCAAUGUCAUCAGCAGCUUACUGAAGUCCUUUUUCCGAAAACUUCCAGAACCUUUAUUUACAAAUGAAAAGUAUGCUGAUUUUAUUGAAGCCAACAGAACAGAAGACUCAGUGGAGAAAUUAAAAGAACUGAAGAGGCUGAUCCAUGAGUUACCCGAUUAUCACUAUGAAACACUGAAGUUCCUCUGUGCUCACCUCAAGAAGGUUUCUGAUAACUGUGAAACAAAUAAGAUGGAGCCCCGUAACCUGGCAAUUGUGUUUGGUCCUACACUGGUUAGAACGUCUGAAGACAACAUGACCAACAUGGUCAAUCACAUGCCCGACCAGUGCAAGAUAGUGGAAAACCUGAUCCAGCAGUACGACUGGUUCUUCACUGACGAUGUCGACGAGGACCCUGCUACGGCGGCUGAGCAGGAAAACACAGUGCAGUCUCAGCCUGUGCCCAAUAUUGACCACCUGCUCUCCAACAUCGGACGCACAGCGCUCUCACCAGGUGACGUCUCAGAUUCUUCAUGUGGUGAUUCGUCCAAAUCAAAGGGCUUGUGGGGUUCAGGGAAGGAUCAGUGUAGCAAAGAGAUGCUGCGCUCCUCCUUCUUCGUCAGCCGCAAACGUAAGAAGCCCAAGGACAAAACACUUCCCAGUAGUUCAGACGAUGACCUAGACUCUGUGUUCCUGAAGAAGGAGCUCCCGGAGGAGAGCCAGCAGCAGCCUCUGUGGUCCCCAGACAGCCGGACUGAAGAGGAGGGGGAGACGGAUGAAACCGGCAAGGAGACGCGCCAAAAUGGCUCAGAGGAGCAGCUGAGCAAACGCAAUGACAAAGAGUCGCUGCCUGUGAUGUCAGAGUCCUCUCCAUCACUGCCACCACAACAAACUUCCUCCAGUCUUCACAGGGGUUCCCCUUAUGUCUCACCCCCCCACUCCCCAAACCUCAGCUACCGUGUGCCAAUGCCUCGUCAGUCCUCUCUGUCUGACCCGCAUUCUAACUAUGACGAUACUGUGUCUGACCUUGGUACGAUGAACAGCACCAGCUCUCAGGCGUCAGUGCCCAGAGUGAGGCGCGGCAGAAUGGUGGUUCCUGGACCGGAAGUGGGUUCUUGUGGGGUCGGAGCCGAGGUCUGCUCGAUCACCUCAGACUACUCCACCACAUCUUCCAUGACAUUCCUGACUGGAGCCGAGCUACCAGAAGUGCAGUCCGUGGCCGAAAGCAGGGGAGGAGAUGACGCAGACGACGAGCGAAGUGAGCUCAUCAGCGAGGGGAGGGCGAUUGAGACGGACAGCGAGAGCGACCUGUCAGUCUUUACGUUUGGAAAAGCUGAGCCGAGCUGUCAGAGAGAAUUGCAAGACGUUCCCCGGCCCCUCCAGUCCCACCGACUCAUUGACUGUGAUACGCUCUCCAGAAAGAAAAAUGCACAACAGAAGACGGACAGCGAGUCCUCGCUGGACGGCGCUCGGAGCGAGAAAGAUUCCAACAAACUGUUGUGCGUGUUGGAGCCGGCGAAGGUCCGCUCCUCUGCCAGCCUCAGCUCCUCGUCACGCAGCGAGGCAGACAAAGCCGAGCCUGCAUGGAAGCUGAAGAUCACAGACCGGCUGAAGGUUCGAUUGAGGACGUCGGCGGAUGACAUGUUUGGCGUGGGUAGCCAGAGGAGCCGGUCCCCAGAGGGCCGCAGUAAGAAAAAGAACAUCAGACGGCGACACACGAUGGGUGGUCAGAGGGACUUUGCCGAGCUGUCUGUUUUGGGAGACUGGCCACAGCAGGUCGGCCUGGGUUCAGGCUCCAGGACAGAACUGUCAGCUGUGGAUCGGCUGAAACCUAAGUGCAGCUCUCAAGACUUCUCCAUCGGGGACUGGAUUGCUCGUGAGCGCCAUCGCACUAGCAAUCCUGAGGUCAGCCUGGACCUUUCUGAACAGCAGGGGGCACUGUGCAGCACAAAUUCCCCAAACCUCGGCGCCUCAUCCUCUUCAUCCUACUUUCCGUAUCGUUCAGCGGAGGUGUUGAAUGGAGACGCCCUUCAGAGUAAAAAUCUGAGCCUGGCAGCCACCGCUCACCCGCAUAAACUCACCAGUUCCCAGGUGGUCCAUUCACGCUUCUAUCAGUAUCUGUGAGCUGUGUUGGAGUGCGCGUUUAUGUGUGUGUGUGUGUGUGUGUGUGUGUGUGUGUGUGUGUGUACUCUUUUGGGACUCUGUUAGUACAGUGUCUGUCCUCGAAUGAGCAUGUUGUACAAAAACGUGUCUGUGUUCCUGAUCUGAGAAUUACUGCACACAGGGAUUGUUGCUCUUGCUCAUGUUUAAGGUAUAAAAUAGUUGUUUAUAUAUUUUAUUUUUUAGAAAAAAAACUUCAGGAUGGAUCAGUAGGAGGAAAUAUUUCUUACAAAUUAAAAUCCCUCUUAAGGUUAUUACAUACUUCAUCUGAGUCUGGCUUUACGAACGCAGGGUUGACCAUGUCGCUAAUAUGUCUAUCCAUGUUGUGACGCCGGCGUUCUCCCAGAUUUCACGUGUGUGUGUGUGUGUGUGUGGGGGGGGGGGGGGGGGUUAAUUAUUUCGCCUUGAUAUCUGCGUUACAACUCCUGUUAUUGUAUGACUCGUCAGCUGACCAGACAGUAAAAAAAAAAAAUCUCUACAUAAAAUUUGGAUCGUGUAAAUGAGAAUGUGCUGGUAAAAUUUGGCAUAUUUUUCCUUUUUCGGAUCCAUUUUUGUGUUGUCACUUGAUCUGCAUCAUUCCCAGCCCACCAAAGUUAAAUUUACAUGGAUUUUUCUUGACCUCAUGGUUCUGCAGUCUCAUUUUGAGGUCUCUGUCUAGUAUGGUUACAGAGAUGGUAGCUCAUUGGGAUAAGAGCUGGUCUGCCAUUAUCUAGAUCUGAGUUCAGUUCCGGUCAUGGAUGAGGCUCUGCAUCAUCCCAGUCCACCCAGCUCCAAAUGGGUACUGGAUUUGAAUUGGGAAGUAACCUGUAUUGGACUGACGUCCCCUCCAGAGGGAGUUGUACAUGGUCAUUGUGCACUUCGCGUUACAGUAUCCAGGGAUAAGCACCGGCCUGACGGGCCUCAGGACCCGUAUAGAACUUACUUAGUUAUUGGUUGAUAUAAGGGGAGGACAUACCCACAUUUACAAAGUGGUAAGCAUGUAGAUCAAAUGUUACUAAAUAAAAUACCUGAACUUAUUUCCAUAAAAUUAGCUUGUUUCUUUAUAUGUGUUAGCUUGGUGCCAGACAUUUGUCGUUAGCCCCUGAUAUUGGUUGAGCAGGUAGUUGGGCUACCAAUAUGGAGACCGGGGUUUCUCUGAAUAGUCACCAGCUUUGGCUGGGGAAAUAACCUGUGAUGGACUGGUUUUCCAUCCAGGGGGGAGUCAUAGACUCUCAUAUUUCACACUACAUAAUCCAAGGAUAAACUCCAGCAUCAAUGGGCCUCAAAGCAUGGGUUAGACUUCUCAUCUUCUCUGCCCUUGAUUGUUGACCAACCCUGAUGAAACUCAAAUCCACAGACCCAGUCUGCCUUCCAAGUUUGAUCAAAAUUAGAUUAGGUGCGCAUUACUAACAUACAUGCAGAUAUGGUUGCAUCGUGACUGAGGUCAUCACAAAAGUACGUAUCUGCUGAUGUUGCUCAAAAUGUGUCCAGCCUCCUGACGGCAAUCAGUACAGACAAUGGAGUCAAACUGUCUGAAUCGAAAAGUUACAAGAGUUGUCAACAACAGCAUGAGCGCCCCCGUUUUGUUUGACACAUUUAGGCGUCUGUGGUCGGUGGAACGAAGCUGUGGUUCAUGAAGCAUGGAGUCUGUGACGCUUGUGCAAUGGUGACGUUUGCGAUCGUUUCAAACUGUGCGGCACGUGGCUUUAAGGAAGAACUAACCUUUAGAAUGUGUAGGAGUUAGUGAAAAGGUUUUUAGUUUUGCAGAGGAAUUAUUUUGUAUAAAGAAAAGUCUGAGUAACCAAAUGAAGAAUGUACAGACAUGCUGGCUGUAAAACUGACUAAAAGCUUUUGACGCUUGUUCCGGUUAUAGUGUACAUACGACUAUUUUUCUGUGUACUCGUGUUUUUGGUACAGUGCGCGUUUGGACUGCCGUCGAGCUUCGCUGUCCUCUGCAAAGGUACACGGCGGCGAGGAGACACUGGAAUCAUGAAAGUAGAAAUGUGGUCAAAAGAGCAGUGAACAAACAUCCCUCUGAUGCAAAAAAAAAAAAAAAGUUCUGUCGUGUGUAAAUGUUCGUGUUUCACACGUCGGUAAUCCACAAAGAAGAAAUAAAAGCAUAUUUCGAAUGUUUCUUCACAACAGGAAGUGCCUGAUGACAUAAUGUAAGCGUGCCAUACUGUCGCCGUUACUGUGAAUGACAGUUUUAUUUUAUUUUUCACCCCAUCAUUCUACAGGUUGUACAAGAAAUGCUGGGCUUCCGUUCCGUAGGCAUUCCACUCGUCUUAACACAUUUUAUACUUUUUUGUUUCCAUUUUUGAUUUUAACAGAACUUGAAUUUUAAAUAUUGCUUGUAAAAGGAAAAAAAAGUAAUUUAAAUGUACAUAUAAAUGGCAUCUUUUAGCUGCUUUUACUUCUCAUUUCCAUCAGAUUGUAGGUUUGAGGACAGUAUUGUGAGCUGAUGUUCAGGAGGCCUGUGUGGGUGUUGUGGGUCGGGUCAUGACCAUUUGUACCAAUGCUGGGUUCCUCUGAUUGUGAUGAUGCGGCACACACUCCUGAAACACUGGAAGUAAAAUUUGUCAACGAAAACCUC